AUGGGAUUUUUCAUUCGACGUCUUCAUCGAGCGAUCGAACAACUAUAUCAUAAACAACAAUCGACAGCAAUAAAGACGCCGUUCAAAUUAUAUAGAGGGCAAGGUUUAUUGGAAAAACACUUUGAAACAUUGAAGCAAGCAAAAGGCCGAUUGAUGUCUUUUAAUAAUUUCCUUUCAACAAGUCGAAAUCGGGAUCUUUCUUUGAAAAAAAUUACAAGUCCAUCAGCAGCGCUUAAUCAAGGUUCAGUUGGCGUGUUAUUUGUCAUGACUAUUGAUCCAACACUCUGUGCAUCUACAUCGACUUCUUUUGCUGAUAUUAAAAGCGAUUCCCAAGAAAAGUAUCAAGGAGAUGAAAUUCUUUUUUCGACACAUACCAUCUUUCGUAUCGACAAAAUCGAACGCAUCACCGAUGAUCAUACUAAUACGCUAUGGGAAGUCUAUCUCACUUUCGUUGGUAAUAACGAUAAUGACUUACGCACAUACACAGUACAAAUGCAAAAGGAACUCAACUCUCUGGCAAUUGGAUGGUCUAGACUAGCUCGUAUAUUUAUCAAAUUGAGAAAAUUUGAAAAAUUAGAAACACUUUAUGAAUACGUGCUAAAAAACACAUCAUCUGCAACAGACAAAGAGAAUUACUGCGAUCAACUUGGUUGUAUGUUUGAGAUCAUGGAAAAUUAUCCGAAAGCACUUUCAUCUUAUGAAAAAUCCUCAAGAAUCCUUAGCCAUAAUCACUCUCCUAAUCAUCUCAAUUUGGCUGCUUCCUACAGCAACAUCGGUGCACUAUAUGGUAAAAUGAACGAAAACAAGAAAAUGCUUGCAUCUUACGAAAUACUACUUCAGGUUAGGAAACAAUCGCUUCCGCCAAAUCAUCCUGACUUAGCCGCUUCCUAUAGAAAAAUUGGUACGGCAUAUAGCAAGAUUCUGGACUACACCCAAGCACUUUCAGCUUUUCAACGAACGCUCGGGAUCAGAGGAAAAACUUUAUCUCUCAGCCAUCCAGACUUGGCUGCGUCAUAUCAUAACAUGGAUAUGAUAUAUGCGAAGAUGCAAGAGUAUUCUAAAGCACUUUCAUAUUUUGAACGAGUACUUAGCAUCUGGCAGAAAUUUCUUCCUUCAACGGAUGAGAAUGUCUUACAGUUAAAAAAAAUAUUGAUCGUAUAA